AUGGCACGCCUGCGAGUACACUGUAACGUUUAUAUUCAGAUCCAAAUAGCUCAUUUUAAAGCUCAAUUAUCAAAAGCUCGUACAUUAAAACAAGCAUUAGCUGUUUAUGCUGAUUCAGACAUCACUAACAAGCAUCAAGUAGCGAUGCAAGUGGACAUGCGAAAAAUGGAGUCGGAUAUAAAUAAACAACUCCAACAAUAUAAUACAGAAGAAAAAACUGUACAAUAUGUAGCCGGUGGCUGUUUACCAAGAGUGACAUGUAUUCCUGUUUAUGAAAAACAAGUGAAAAUGGGAGGAGUCAUUUUUCCUAAUUGUGUUGAAGUUCACGUGUGUAGUGGAUGUUGUCAAGAAGCACAAUUUACUUGUGAACCGACGAAAACUGAAACAAUUUCCUUUAGUCCGAUUAUUCGCUUCGAAAAUGAAGGUAAUUUCCGUAUUAUUGCCUUGGAACCGUUUAAAACAAUUAAUCAUACCGAAUGUUCUUGCAAGUGUAAACUGGGAACUGAUACAUGUCCCAGUAGUGCACAGAUACUUGAUAAAGAAUUAUGUCAUUGUCGAGAUAGAAUUUGUAGUCCGGCUUGUUAUGCUAUGCAAAAAUGUCAAAUAUUACAUUCCCAACAACCCCAAUGUGUAUGCAAACGACCAAUUCCUGGUCAAAAUAAUUCCUACUUUUGUCCAUUUGGUUCUCAUCCCGAUGCAUAUUGCAGAUGUGAAACAGAAGCAGAAGCUAAUAAAGUAAGAGUUGAUUAG